AUGGAGAUGCAGUUGCCUGAGGUGCCCAUGGUGCACAUCUUCUCCUUCCUGGACGCCGCCAGCUUGCUGCGGGCGGGCCAGGUGAGCAAGUACUGGAAGAGUAUAGCGGAUGAGGAGCACCUGUGGAGAAAGCUGUGCCAGAGGAGGUGGAGCAUCGCCUGGGGGGGCCUGCAGGUGCCCUCGUGGAAGCAGCUCUUCCUCACCCACACCAGGCGCGAGCACUGCAUGAUGCGGGCCCGGCGGCAGGACUUUGCCUACAAGGAGUCCACGGACAGCUUUGGACUCUUGAAGCCUUUGGCGUAUUUCUCAGGAAGUGACCCCUCCAUGGGUGAUCAAAAGCCAAUUGUUUGCACGGUGUCUUCCAAGUGCAUGCUCUGCGCCUGGGACGUGCAGGAGGGCUUCAUGAUCUGGUGCAGCCCCGCCCAGCCAUCCAGCAUCAAGUGCCUGGCCACCCUGCCGCAGAAGUCGCUUGUGUUCACGGGGGAUGCACUGGGAACCAUCAAAGUGUGGAACUGUCAGGAUGAGGACCCUCUGGCGACGCUCUCCUUGCCCUCAAGCUGCACUUCCAUGGAGGUCUUCCUCACAGAUGAUGACCGCCCGGUCCUGAUGAUCGGUGACUCUGAAGGGGACAUCCACACACUGACGGUGCCCGAGUUACAGAUUGUUUCUUGCGUGAAUGCGUUUGAAUGCCCUGUGUUCUGUCUGUCCUGCUCUCCCAACAAGAAGUGGAUCUUUGCCUCUGGGACCCACGAGUUCACAUUGCCAAAGGUGUUUUACACGGACAGCUUACUGAGCCCAUCCUUCGGCACGCAUGCUCUGUUCGUCACUUUCCUGAUGACAUUUUGCACCCGAGUCUCCUGGGCCCUGAAGCGCGCAAACAGGCUGACAGUCAUGUUGCGAAAAGACUUUUUCGGAAGGGUAGAGUUCUCCACCCUUGAUAUCACAGUCGAGAGCCCUGGGGGCAGCACCACCGUCAGCGGCCAUGAGAUUGCAAGCUUCAUCCUGACAGAUAAUAUAGAUGCUCCGCAAUGCAUGGGAGUCUGUGAUGGAACCACAGUUGUCUUUGAUAGCGGGCCACACCUGCUUCUCGUCACCAUCGAUGGCUACCUGCUGCAAAAAUUUAACCACCACCAGAAUAUCAUCUGCUCUUUAUGGAUGGACCCUGUCCACGUCCUCACCACAUCCAUGGAUAACUACCUGCACCUGUACAUGUGGGACGAGGGAGCCUUUCUCCCGCGCCUUCAGAGCUGCUGUCACCUGGAGCAGAGAAAGGAUGACAUGAGGCCGAACUGCGAUUACCCCAUAGCGAUUUGUGACAACACAAGCAUAGUGUGUGUGGUGUCAAAGAGUGGCAGAGCCAGCUUCCUGGUGAUGUAUUCUUUGAACAUGUGA